GGCCCGAAUACUCCAUCGCCCAUAAGACGACGUCCUCUCCAUCCGCAUUUGUGCGCUGCGACGUCGCUAAUUCGCUCAGCUUGGACCAACAUCGAGAACAUCAUCAACAUGGCUGCGACUGAGCGCCAAGACGAAGGCGUCGCCAAGAACGCGAAUACGUUCCAGAGCGACGUAGAAGAUGAGUCUACAAAGGAUGCCCGGGUCUUGGAAAACCUAGGCUACAAGCCGGUGCUGCACCGGACAUUCAAUACGUUUCACAACUUUGCGACAACGUUCGCUGCCCUCUACUUCAUUGGUGGCGUCCGAGUGACAUUCUCUACCGGCAUUGCUGCUGGAGGUAACCUGGCUUACUGGACGAGUUUCAUCGUGACUUGCGUCUUCACCUUCAUCACCGCUGCAGUCAUUGCAGAGAUCUGCUCCUCUCUACCCUUGGCGGGAUCCAUCUAUCUAUGGGCUGCUGAAGCUGGCGGACCCCGAUUUGGCAGAUUCUUUGGCUUCAUCGUUGCGUGGUGGAGUACCACAGCAUGGACAACUUUCUGUGCGAGCAACACACAAGCCGCUGUGAACUACAUGCUUUCGGAGAUUGUUGUCUUCAAUCUUGACUUCCCUUCUGACUCCUCGAGCGUCAAAUUUCGCGCUGUUCAAUGGAUCACUACAGAGGUCAUGCUGGCCUUGGCUGCCAUCUGGAACCUUUUGCCUCCCCGCUACUUCAAAUGGAUCUUCUACUUGUCGACCGGGUUCGUCUUGCUGGACUUUGUUCUAAACAUGGUCUGGCUACCAGUCGCAACAAGCAAGAGCGAGUACGGCUUCCGAUCUGCUCAUGAUGCUUUCAUGACCACCUACAACGGGACCGGCGCUCCCGCCGGUUGGAAUUGGUGUCUUUCGUAUCUCGCUACUGCUGGUAUUCUCAUCGGAUUCGACGCGUCGGGGCACGUUGCGGAGGAGACCAAGAAUGCAAGCGUCGCUGCCGCUCGCGGCAUCUUCUGGAGUACCGUGGUCAGCGGGAUCGGCGGCUUUGUUGUCGUGAUUUUGUUUCUGUUCUGCGUCCCUGAUGCGGAUACCCUUUUCUCUUUUGGCGGCGCCCAGCCCUUUGUACCAUUGUAUGCAGCUAUCCUCGGAGAGGGAGGCCACAUUUUUAUGAACAUCGUUUGCAUUGUCGCGCUGUGGUUUAACACUGCGAUUGCAAUUCUGGCGGCGUCGCGUCUGGUGUUCGCCGUGGCACGCGACGGAGUUCUCCCUUGGUCUCCUUGGGUCGCCAAAGUUGUCGAUGGCCAACCCAGAAACGCCGUCUUGGUCGUCUGGGGCGUGGCCUCUGUCAUUACCUGCACGAUUCUUCCGUCAUCAGUGGCCUUCACUUCCCUCGUCUCGGCUGCGGGUGUUCCUUCAGCCGCGGCUUACGGUCUGAUCUGCCUUUGUCGCCUUUUCCUGACACCAAAGCAAUUCCCGAAGCCCGCUUGGAGUCUUGGACGCCUGAGCAAGCCUUUCCAGGCAAUUGCUGUCUUGUGGAACGGCUGGGUCGUUGCUGUGCUGUUCUCGCCCUAUGCUUUUCCGGUUGAGGCAUCGACACUCAACUAUGCCCCGGUCAUCAUGGGCAUCGUGACAAUCUUCGCUAUUCUUUCUUGGUGGUUCAUCCCUGCUGAAAGAUGGCUACCGUCUCAAAGAAUCCAGGAGACAUUGCUUGCGGGAGAACGUCCGGUUGAAGAGUAGGCAGCCGAGUGCUGUCUGCGAGAAGACCGUAGCAAAUACUUGCUCACCGGAUAAUUGUAAUUCAACAGAAACCUCUAAUUAGCUAGAUACCUAGGCAUUGUAAUCGAAAAUAAUAUGCACGAUGGAGUAGCUGAUAACUACAUUUUCGCUCUACUCGCUAACGAAGCCUUAUCCCUGAACGCCAUGCUCAAAGCUGCGCCCUCGUCUCAGCAGACCCUUCCUUCGUCAACUCUUUCUUUCCUCUCUCCAACUCAUCAGUCAAGUCGUACUUCCAGAUCCACUCCAUUCGCUUUGACAGAUUGUCGGCAACCCACUCAGAGUCUUCGCUGAACUCCAAGUCGUACAGCUGACCAGUCUCGUGGCUGUCGACGACGAGUUGCUGGGAUCUCUCUCUUCGUGUCUUAUCAUACGUCGAGAAUGCUGCCUCAAGUUGACUGGCAUCAGAGAUGGAGCCCAACAGGUUGCCGAGGAUGUACGCAUC